AUGAUUUUUAAAAACGAUUUUUCAUUAUUAUUGUUUUCAUUUUUUACCGAGUUGAGUGUGUUGACUUCAGCUAGAACAACUGUUUUGAACCCAGACAAUUUAAAUGCAUUGGAUUCCAAUAGAGGAACAGGUGAGCCGGAAAGAAUAUUGAAGCAUGGUAAUGGUCUGUCUUGGCAUAGAGUUUUCUCGUCGUCAUUGGGCGAUGGAUUGGAUUAUUGUAGCACUUCGGCUAAGUGUAUUCCUCUUAACUACACCACUUGUAUGGGAACCAAGUUGCCUUAUAGCCAUACAACCUUGGAUUUAGUUGAUGGUCUUUCAUCACAAGAGCAGGCCCAGGAAAUACUGAGAGAUUGGAGGAGACUUAUUCAUAUUCCAAGAUGCUGGGCCGUCAUACAACCUUUUCUGUGUGCUUUAUACAUGCCACGAUGUGAAGAUGACAAAGUUUAUUUACCUUCUCAGGAAAUGUGUAGGAUAGUUAUGGGACCGUGCAGAAUUCUCACUACAUACGAACCCUGGCCUCCUUGGUUUCAGUGCGAUAACACUACCAGAUUUCCUCCUCGUUGUAAAAAUGAUGUUCGUGAAUUGAAAUUUAACACGACCGGUCGCUGCUUGGAACCUCUCGUCCAAACAGAUGUAUCAUCUUAUUAUUAUCCAGGUAUUGAUGGAUGUGGGAUACAGUGUGACAAUCCCAUGUUUCCUCCGACACAGCGGGAUCAGAUCCACAAAAUGGUGGGAUGGGUCGCAUCCAUUUGUUCGUUAUUAAAUAUUUUUGCAGUAUUCACUUUUAUUAUUGACUGGCGCCAUUCGAAUAAGUACCCUGCUCUUGUCAUAUUCUAUAUCAAUCUCUGCUUUUUUGUUGUCUGCAUGGGAUGGCUUGUUCAGUUCCUUCCUGGAGGCAGAGAGGAUGUCGUGUGUAGGAAGGAUGGGACCUUGAGAACUGGAGAGCCUAGCGCUGGAGAAAAUUUGUCUUGCGUAGUUGUCUUUGUUAUGGUGUAUUACUUUCUGAUGGCGGCAACUGCGUGGUUUGUAAUUCUUACUUAUGCUUGGCACAUCAGCUUGCAAGCGCUAGGUAGACAUAGACUAGGAAAAAUCCAGGAGUGCAUGGAAAAAAAAGGUGCUUAUUUCCACCUGAUAGCGUGGUCUGCUCCACUUGUCCUUACGAUAACUACAAUGGCGUUGGGUGAAAUUGACGGUGACUCUAUAACAGGGAUCUGUUUUGUCGGAUAUACUAACAGGUUCUAUCGAGUGGUCUUUCUUCUUGGUCCAGUAUUUACAGCAUUACUCAUUGGAGCAUAUUUUAUGUCGAAAGGUUUGAUGACUCUCAUUCGCCUGAAAGUUGAUUCGGAAGAAAUAAUAUCAGAAAGAGCGAGCGCUAAAAUCAGAGAAACCAUCUUGAGAAUGGGCAUUUUUUCUGGACUUCUUUUAACGUUCGGAUUCAUCACUUUCAUAUGCCACUAUUACGAAGGCAGGAAUUCAGAUUUAUGGGAUCAGAGCUUUAAAGCCUAUAUUUUGUGUAAAUUGGGCGUUGGAGAAAGUGAAUGCAGAAUGGAAUCUCGCCCUAGCCUGGCCAUGUUGCAGAUUCACAUCCUGGCCCUGUUCCUAUCGGGGGGCCUCAUGUCCACUUGGGUCUGGACGCAGACUACCUUCGAGUCCUGGCAGAGGUUCAUUCGGAGGCGAUUCAGUAAGGAAACAGAUAACAGGAAUGGAAACCACACAAAAUUGAGAAAACAUAAAGUGAUAGCGCAGGCUUAUGCGAAACGGAAGGGAUUUCCCAAAUCAGGAAGGCUUUCAAUAAGCCUCGAAAGCACUCAUCAAGAUCCUGUCGGCUUGAAGUUUGAGUUGAACAGCGAAGGCUCUGGGUCGGUGAGGUCGAGCUGGGCGGCCGCCCUCCCCAAGCUGGUGCAGAGGAGGGGCGCACUGGUCGCUGCGACUAACUCGAAUUCCUCGCAUCGCAGGAAUUCUAUGGAUUCUGAAAUCAGUUACAGUGUCAGGAGGGUCUCUGUUGAGUCGAGAAGACAUUCAGUGGAUUCAGCCGUCUCUGUCAAAGUUUCAGAAGUGACACAGACUCUUGUUAAAAAAGUAAAAACUCCUUUCCACAAGAAGAAUCACAGGAGUCGAAGAAGGAGCCAUCGAAGGCAACGGAGGCACAGCAAGCAACACGGCAGUCAGUCAAGCAAUGAUAAAGACAUGGCUCUCCAGAAUAUCAGCAAGCUGGUUAUGGACAUGCCAAAGACGUACCUCCCAGACCUCGGGCGCAGAAGAGCAGCCAACGUCGGGCUGGACGGCGACCCGAUGGCUCUCCUCGCCAAUCAGCUGUUCACGAACAACAGCGGAACCUCCUCCAGCGGGAGCAGCUCGGUGACCAGCCCGACCGCCUCCCCCAAGGACCAUGGCCUCGACAUCCUGAAGGAUAUCGAUCAGGUUCAGGACCAGGAAGAAGCACCAACGGUAACUGCCUGA